UAAUAUAAAGAUAAAAACACCCAAAAAUAGUCGCUGCCGUUUUCAAUCCCCUUCAGUUUUCUCGAGAAAAUUAAAACCCCACCACCACCCAGAGAAGAAGAAGAAGAAGAAGAAGAAAAAAAGCAAAUCCCAUGAUGAAUUUUAUUUUCAAAACAAAAUAAAAACCAAAAGACCUGAUUCCCAGAGAGAGAGAGGGAGAGAGAGGGGGGGGAGGUAGGAAGCAGAGAGACAAAAAGAGAGUUUGAAAGAAAGAAAAGAUUCAUCGAAAGCGCAAACAAAGCCCUGAAUCAAAGGCGGCCCAGAACCAGCUCCAGCAGCAGCACGGACCCAGUGUCUCUGUCUCUUUUACUUCCAUCUUAAGUCUCUCUCUCUCUCUCUCUCUUCCCGCUUAAAUCUGGCACUCAUUAAUCUGUCUAUAUUUUUUUGUGAGUUUUUUUUUUUAGCUCCGUUCGUUGUUUUAGAAAAGACCCUUUUAUGUAAAAGAAGGUUUAUUGCUGUUUCUUACAGUUAGUAUGUGAAAAUUCUUGUAUGUUUUAAAGAUAGAAACAAAACCCAGAAACCAAAACCCUAGCUUUAUCCCUGCUACACUUGAUUUACACUACAUUUAAGCUGAAAUCCCGUUUCAGCUGAACCCUUUAUUGUAGAUUAUGGCAUUUGAUCAAAACUCAGUACCAAAAGAUCUGAGACCAUUGAAUGUAGCUGGAUUAGCUGAAGAGCCCCGCGUUGGGGCUGCGGUGGCAGCUACUACAAAUGCCAGCUGUAGAAAUGUUGAAGGAUUUUUUCCCAACCCGGCUCGGGAGUCUGGGAGUCCUGGUUCCAUGCCUGUUUUUUAUCCGGCAACAGUGCCUGAUGCCGGUUUUGUAGGCUUAGGGUAUGCGAAUGCAGUGCCCUUGGCUCCAGGUGUCCCCGCAUGGAGGCCUCAGGUGCCUCUGCCGAUGCCUGUUCCUGUACCUGUGCCAGUGGGGCAUCCGAGUAUGAAUCCGGUUGUUGGGUUUGGUUAUAAUCCCAAUUUCAGCAAUAGGGUGGUUGCUAAUGCUGUGGAUGAGGUUAGUAACGAUGUGGUAGCUGGGCAUAAUUUUAGUCCUAGUUUGGGCAAUAGGGGUAGUGGGAAUGGGAGUGAUCAGGUCAGUAAUGAUGCGCUGCCAACAGGUUUUGGACAUAGUUCCGAUAUGGGAAACAGGGGUAGUGGCAAUGGGAGUGAUCAGUUGAGUAAUGAGUUAAUGAGUGGGCUUGGUUAUGAACCAAAUUUGGGACUUAGGAGUAAUGGCAGUGGGGCUGAUCAGGUGAGUGAUGAGGGCGGGGAUGAUUCGGUGUCAGGGAAAAAAGUUAAGUUUUUGUGUAGUUUUGGUGGGAAGAUAUUGCCUAGACCUAGUGAUGGCAUGUUGAGAUAUGUCGGGGGUCAGACAAGGAUUAUUAGUCUUAGGAGAGAUGUGAGCUUUAAUGACUUUGUGCAAAAAAUGGUGGAUGCUUAUGGGCAACCUGUGGUUAUUAAGUACCAGCUUCCUGAUGAGGAUCUUGAUGCAUUGGUGUCCAUUUCAUGCUCAGAUGAUCUUGAUAAUAUGAUGGAUGAGUAUGAGAAAGUGGUUGAAAGGUCUUCAGAUGGUUCGGCUAAAUUAAGGGUAUUUUUGUUUUCGGCUUCUGAACUUGAUGCUUCUGGUAUGGUUCAAUUUGGGGAUUUACAUGACAAUGCGCAGAAAUAUGUUGAGGCAGUUAAUGGAAUUAUGGAUGGAGCUGCUGGUGGCAUCACACGGAAGGAGAGCAUAGCAAGUGUGGCUUCAACGCAGAAUUCUGAUUUUAGUGGGACUGAGGCGGUUGAUAGCAUCGGUGCUGGUCAAGGGGAUGUUAGUGGUCUUCCAUCGGCAAACAUGUUGUCAUCUAGUGGGAAUUCUGCUACUUCUCAUGACACUGCUCCAAAAAUGAUGGCUGUGGAUCCUAAUCCUGCUGGUCAUUUAGGAAUUCCAGUGGUCAAGUCUGGUCCUCCUCAGACAUUGACUUCUCAACCUGAGGUUGAGUUAGAGAGGACGGUGCCCCUUUCCUCGACACAGCAGCAAUUGGGAUAUGAUCUGCAGCAACACUAUGCAUCUACAUAUGUUGAUCCUCGCCAUGAUGGUAUGAAUCGUACUGAUUAUGUGCGUCUUGGGCCUCAAAUGGGAUUCUCAAGUCCUAAGUUGGUGGGAAAUACUGGUUCUGUAUUCAGCCAACAGCAGUUUUCUGAUAAUGCUCCUGGGAUUACCCCUCAUCAGUUCAUUCCUGCUUUGCACAUGACAAUGACUCCCCCCACUUCCCAUGUCAGUAUUCGACCAGCUGUGGUUCAGCCACUGUUGCAACCCCAGCAAACUCCCUUGGAGCGCUAUCAUGAUGAAAACUCAUUUGGAGCAAGGGUAGUUCAGCUUCCAGCUGAUCGGAGCCACAAUGUUUAUCAGGCCCAGAUUCCAGCAAUAGUUGCAGGAGGUUAUGCCUGGCAUCAUAUUCCACAAACUGAGCAUGUUGUCUUCUCAGAUGGAUCAUUUCCUCGGCACCAAGUAACUAUUCCUGAGAAGAUUCCAAGGCUAGAGGACUGCCAUAUGUGUCAAAAGGCAUUGCCUCAUACACAUUCUGAUCCACUGCUACAGGACCAAAGAGAUAGUGGUGUAACACCUAUAGUAAAUACAAAUCCAAGUUAUCAUAGUCUCCGUCCUGAAGAUGCUAUGAGAAUUUCAUCAGUAAACAGAGUUGUGGUGCCUGGACCAUUCGGGGAUGGCAUUGUUGAACAAGGAGCUGGGAUUCGACAGCCUGGUCAACUUGAUCAUCAAUUUGGGGUACUUAAGUCAGAGGCAGUUGGAUUCUCUCAAGGUCUUGAGGCACAAUAUGAACAUGACAGAAAUAUUUCCCCAAAAACAGAUAAUUCUGAUCAUCCUAGGAUUCCAGCAAGCCAGGGUGUGAUGGGUUUGGCAGGUGAGUUGCAAUUACAAUAUGGUUUGCCGACUCAAUACCAGUUUAAACAGGAGGUUCCACAUGUUGGGGCAAUGGGCAUUCAAGUUGCAGAACAGCCAGCGCAUGAAGUCUCUAGACAAUAUAAUGGCAAGCUUCCUGCUGUCCCCAAAGAAGAUAUUAUAGACCCUAACCAUCUGAUGCCAAUUGAUGGGAUGAUGGAGACUCUUCGGGUAAGCAAUGAGCAGAGUAAAUCUCCUGUUGAUAAAACUAGAAAAGGAGAUAUCUUGGAAGAUAGAUCGCCGCAAACAGCAGGGAGAGAGGUGCUUUUGGAUAGUAUCUUUAGCAAACCAUUAGAUUCCAAUGAGAUGGUCAUUUUGGGAAAUGUGGUAGCACAUGCACAGCCAAAAGUUGGAGCCCCAAACUUGGAUUCUGUUGAAGUUCGAUAUGGGAACCCUCCAUUUUCUGGUGUUGAGACAGCACAUAAAUUGGACAAUGUUUCAUGGUUGGAGCAGAAGAUUGUACAAGAUGACACUGAAUCUGUCCCUUUGAAUGGUAACAGUCAAACUUCCUUGUCACCAUCCAACAGAGGUGGAGAUGCUUUGGAUUCCUCCAACUCACUUUUUAGCAAUCAAGAUCCUUGGAAUUUGCGGCAAGAUACUCAUUUUCCUCCUCCUAGACCUAACAAAAUUCAGUCAAAGAGAGAAGGAACUGCUACUAGAGACCCUUUUGGUGAGAACCAGGUAGCAAUUAGCGGGGAAUCUAAUACCCAAUUGGAAGAUGAAGUUUACCAAUCGUUAGGCCAGUUGAACAAGGAUUUUAGUUCAGACCACACACAGUCCACAAAAGGCUCAGCCGAGGAACUCAUCAAGAAAGAACUACAAGCUGUUGCUGAGGGAGUAGCUGCUUCUGUUUUUCAGUCAUCUACCCCAUCCAAUCCUGACAUACCAGCAGAGGUCAAUGUGGCUGGUUAUGAAGCCAAUCAAGACACAGAUGUUUCAACUAGCAAUAUCGAAAUGCAGCAUAAAGCUAAACUUGAGGAAAUCAAGACCAAACAGCCAGACAGAACUAAUUUUGGUUUUCGAGUUUCAGAUGGCAUUGCUGGUCGCUUGCAGAUUAUAAAAAACAGUGACCUUGAAGAGCUGCGAGAGCUGGGUUCAGGCACCUUUGGUACUGUUUAUCAUGGGAAGUGGCGGGGUACUGAUGUUGCAAUUAAACGAAUUAAUGAUAGAUGUUUUGCCGGAAAACCUUCUGAACAAGAACGCAUGAUAGAUGAUUUCUGGAAUGAGGCAAUUAAGCUUGCUGACUUGCAUCAUCCAAAUGUGGUGGCUUUCUAUGGUGUUGUGCUUGAUGGUCCUGGCGGCUCUGUGGCAACAGUGACAGAGUACAUGGUUAAUGGUUCUUUAAGAAAUGCUUUACAGAAGAAUGAGAGGAAUCUUGAUAAGCGUAAGCGUCUCUUGAUUGCCAUGGAUGUGGCCUUUGGGAUGGAGUACUUGCAUGGAAAGAAUAUAGUGCACUUUGAUUUGAAGAGUGACAAUUUACUUGUCAAUCUUAGAGAUCCUCAUCGCCCAAUAUGCAAGGUUGGUGAUUUGGGCCUAUCUAAGGUGAAAUGUCAAACUCUGAUCUCAGGUGGCGUACGUGGAACACUUCCAUGGAUGGCACCAGAACUUCUGAAUGGCAGCAGCAGUCUUGUCUCAGAGAAGGUUGAUGUGUUCUCAUUUGGUAUUGUGAUGUGGGAGCUUCUCACUGGAGAAGAACCAUACGCAGACUUACACUAUGGGGCUAUUAUAGGUGGUAUUGUGAGUAAUACACUACGGCCUCCGGUUCCAGAAUCAUGUGACCAGGAAUGGAGAUCAUUGAUGGAGAGAUGCUGGUCAUCAGAGCCAUCAGAGAGACCAAGCUUCAUUGAGAUUGCCAAUGAGUUACGCUCAAUGGCUGCAAAAGUUCCACCUAGAGGACAAAACCCACCAUAAAUGUGCUUGGCUUAAAUCAUCU